UAAAUGAUAUGCUCAUAUUGCAUAAUUGAUGCGCACUGCCUCGGAAUAUGACACGCAUUAAGUGUGAGGCAGAGGUAACGACAGUUGUAAUCUGACGCCACAAAGCCGUCACUAUGAUUAUUGUCAUGUCAACAAUGUAACAUGCAUGGGAUCCAGAUUGACAGACAAUAUAAAGGUAGAAGUAAGAGAAAAAAUACGAUUUCCUGUUCAUCUACGAUACAUAUUUGCCCCAAUGCCACAAAUUUUCUUUUUUCCAGAAUUUGAGGUUUGAACCACUCAUCAGCAGAUGUCCUCUGACGGGACCUGUCCACUCUCUCUCCUCUUUUUUCCCGGCGCAGGACUGAAGUGACAGAGGCUGAUGAGCGCACGCAGCGCAGCGGCGGAUGCGGCCAAUAGGAUCGCGGAGGGGCGGAGAGCAACGGCACACACUGUUGUACUACACUGUAUAUAGUCAGAUAGUAAGAGCUGCUGGUGCUGCUGUUGCUGCCGCCAACAAUAAAAGCGUCUGACGCUCCAACUCCAUCCGGCAUCUUUCUGGUUUAUGGAUUAUACUCUGUUCCUGCAGGUGCAACACCAGCUCACCGUGUUCCAGUCACACGUCUACAGUGUGGAAUUACAGAGCACGGAGCGCAGCAGCGGCAACCAGUGCGCAGCGGUCCACAUGCAGAUGAAGUCAACAGAGUUGGACCAAGGGCUUUUCACUGACAGCUACUGCAAAGUGUGCAGCGCACAGCUCAUCUCCGAGUCCCAGAGGGUGGCCCAUUAUGAGAGUCGGAAACACGCCAACAAAGUGCGUCUGUACUAUAUGCUCCAUCCAGUGGAUGGAGGCUGUCCCGCCAAGAAGCUCAGAACAGACAAUGGAAGUGAAGAAGGCGACGUGGACAAGAACAAGUGCUGCACGCUCUGUAACAUGUCCUUCACCUCAGCAGUGGUGGCGCAGUCACAUUACCAGGGUAAAAUCCACGCCAAGAGGCUAAAGCUGCUGCUGGGGGAGCAGCCCACCAUCACAGCCCAAGAGGCCUCUCCCAGUCCUGUAAAAACCUCUCCAGAAACCUCUCCCAUGACCUCACCGCGACAGCGCAGAGACUCUGACCGUUACUGCCAGCUUUGUAACGCCUGGUUCAACAACCCCGGCAUGGCUCAGCAGCACUACGACGGCAAAAAGCAUAAGAAGAACGCUGCCAGGGCCGACCUGCUGGAGCAGCUGGGGAAGACACUGGAUAUGGGAGAAAUGAAAGGUCUGAAGCGGAGCUACACCUGUGAAGUGUGCAGCGUCACGCUGAACUCUGUGGCACAGUAUCACGCACAUCUGCAGGGCUCAAAGCACCAAAACAACCUGAAGAAUCAGAUAUGUGUCCAGUGAACGUCAGACAAAAAUAAAACUCUACAAAACAAAACCACCUGGAUUGAUGUCAGACAAGCUGUGAUCAGCUUGCCCUGCUGCUUCUUCUUCUGCCUCAUCCAAAUAUUGCUGUUUGUCUCUCCCUCCAUUUCCCACCCUCUUUUGCAACCUUCUUUCCUCUAUCAAUCCUUUUUUUGAGGCAGGCAAUUUUUAUCCUCUUUCUGUUUGUUUCUCUCUCUCUUUCUCUUUGCUCAUUUAAAAAACUUUCUAAAACAUCCUAACAUUCUAUUCUGGCUGUGUCCUGUGCUUCUGAUCCACUCACUGUGGACCACAGUUCAGGAACACGGUGGCCUUUCUCUCUUAUGAUGCAUGGACUACAUUAUACUAAACAAUAUUCCACUGAGUGCUAGGAGCCGCCAGUGGAAUUUAGAUUGCAGAAUAUGAGGGGGUUGUUUUUAACUGUAUUUUUGUUUCAGAUUCGAACGCUAUAUUUAUUUGAGAUUGUAAAAGUAGUUAUACAGUCUACUACAGCCCUGAACAUUGUAGAGUAUGGUGGGUUCACUCCGUCUGUUGUCCCCUCGGUCUGUUGUCAAAUGGUUUAACUGGACGAACUGUCUGGUUUCUUGCUGUACAGAUGUUCUAAAGAUUUUUUUUUUCUAUUUCUAAUGAACUGUGGUCGUUUUUUUUAAGACCCACAGAACUAAUUUAAUGCAUUCUUACAGGAACAGAUGGAGAAAAAACUUUUUUCCCCAAACUUUUAGGGAACAAUUGUAGUUUACUGCAGCUGAGCUUUUAUUUUUUACUGCUUUGAUCAUCAUUCCUGUGGGUAAUGACUUACACAAUUUAUGUCAGACUGUGGUAGGAUCACCAAAAGAAGUCUAAUGGGGUAAUAAACACAAAUGAUCAAACAGGUUAUAAAAAGGGAAGAUGGAAGUAAAGCAGACAAUAAAUUGUUACAACAAGUUUAUCUUCACACUCAUCAGUUUUAGUCUUAAAUUGCAUUAUAAGAGUGGGUGAAGUAAAGUCACCCCGCGCCAUGGCAUCUCAGUUUUAGUCUCAAACUAACAUGUCUAUAUCAAGUCCCUAUUAAGUAGCUAAUGCUAUUGUUUAAAGAAAAAAACAACAACAUACUUUUAGCAUGAUAUUUUAAUCUGAAACCAAACACACCCUUACAGUGCUGUUGGCAGAUAAGUAAGAGGAAGAUGGGAUUUCUUGUUGUGCAUUUAGUUUUACAUACAGUAAGUGAAACCACAUAAGUAAAAGGUUUUUCAGUUUUAACUGCACCAGACAUUAUUGUAAUAAUUUUUUAGCCUUAUGUUUUAAUUUGCUUGUUUUUAAAUUUGCUUUGAAAGAUCCCAGUAGUAUGAUUUAAAAGAAGGACAUGAGAAAAAACUACAUAAGAUACAUGUAGUUUCUUCUCAUGUCCUUCUUUUAAAUCAUCUGGUGCUUAACAUUUUCACCCAUUAACUACGUUGAAUACUACCAUCACUACUACUACUAGUACUACUAAAAACACUGUCUUUCGCUCUGUCCUAACCAGUGCACCAUAAAUGAGCAGAAACAAAAACAAGCAGAGAAAAGUAAAUUUGACCGUGAUAAAAUGCUCUUUGUUCCAUAAUUUUAAAACACAGUACUACAGGAGUACGAGAAAAUUAGCAAACAGACCACAGUGUGAUCCCAUCAGACAGGAUAAUGAACCAGAAUAUUCAAAAUAAAAAAAACAGCUGCAGAUGUAGAUGUGGAGCAGCACAGGUUCCACACCUAAACCCCUGGAGCAGCUGGGAGGAUGAAGUGCACAGUAAGUAAAAGGAAAACAACCUGCAAACUCAGCUUUUCUUCGCUAUUCUUUCUUCUUCUUUUUUUUUUUUUUUACAAACCUCUGCAGUGGUUUUUGUGAAAACUUUUCCAAGAAACAUUUUUUAGUGUAAAAAUAUAAGAAAUCAAACCCUACCAGUGUGUGGUGCUGCUGAAGGAAGCUAAAGUUUACAUUAGAUUUGAAUUUCACUUUGUUCUGCACUGAGACCAUUACACAGCAGGUAAAUCUGUGUUCUAAAGCUACUGACUGGGGUUGUAUAUAGAAUAUACAGUAAAUACAUUUUAUUCAAGGCUAAUGUAGCAUUUUGGAUUCUUACAUGUCACAGUAAAUAAAAUUAAAGAUGUCGACUUUAAAGCCAGUGUUGUAUAAAUAAGACUUGGAUGACAAACUUCUACACAUUCUGUAUAUUUUAUUGUUGUGGAAUAGAAACAUUUGUAACUGCUCCCUGUAAGUGUUUUCUUCUCUAAAGUCAUUUCUCAGUGCUGUAUCUACGACACAGCUGUGUGUUUUUAAAUGUAAGCUUUAUUUAAAGUGUUUUUAGUUGUUUGGUGGGUUUUUUGCAGCAGCAGCAAUAGACUUCAAAUAAAAACAUUUUUGGUUGAUGUAAACAUUAGCCACCAACACAAGGACUAUAGAGAAUAAUUUAUAACAAUUUGUUUUUUAUGACUACAAAUAAAAUGUGCACGCUGGAAUUGCUUUGCUCAGCCCAAAUGAGAACAUCCCUGUCCCUUGGUACUUUUCCCUCUGGAUCAAUCAUUUUUCCAUCAUCACAGGAAAUCCACCUCUCAUAGAUGAAAACCCUUCUGUCUCUUUGUGCUCCAGGUUAUGUGCUCUGAUCUGUCUGAGACGUGCAAUAAAGACACUUGCAACCACUUCAACUUUGCUGCGUCGUACUUUUUCACUUUGUCACCCGUAUGUUUGUCUGCAGGUUCUAUAUAAGCUUCAAGCACAUUUGUGGUAACGCUUCAGUAAAGUUUGGAGAACUACAGAAAACCACUUGACAAAUUUCUU